AAAAAGAUGGGGUUGCAUUUGGAGGGUCAUACUCCCCUGAAACGGCAAGAAUUAUCGGAACAGGACCCGAGAAAAUCCCAGGAGGAGAGUAAGCAGCGAUGGUUGUCGAGAGGACAGAGGACAGAGAGGAACGUCGCAAUUUGUAUAGACGGUAGAUUCGGUUCGGUUCGGUGCGGUGCGGUGCGGUGCGGUGCGGUGCGGUGUUGCCGUGUUGCCAUGUUGUAAUCGUGCAUCAAUUCACGUUCGGCCGUUCCUUUGGAUUUCUCGCGCGUUCCUGAACGGCGCGCGCGUUCUCCGAGCUACCGCAGACUAUCCUUGGCGCACACAACCCUUCUUUCGGGUUGUUCGUGCUGCAUAUAGUGCUGCUAUUACGCGAGAGGUAUACGAUACGCGUUAUCGUCCGCAACAGGUGUGCUCAGCGAAUAGCUUAAAAGCGAUCGUAGAAAGAGGAAAGGAACGAUAAUCGAGGUACGCAAGGAACAAGAGCGGUAGGAAGUGUACUAUACAUAGACAUAGAUAUAAAGAUUUUCUCGUUAUGUUUGCCAAGUCGAAACGGACCAACGAAAUACCGAAUGUUCUACUGACGGAUCCGUUGCAAAAUUUAUACGACGUAGGAAAACAGUCGGCCACAGCUGGUCCGGAGAACGCGUGGCGUAUAUACGAUGGACGCAGGAAAGCGGACGGAAAGGAAAUAUCGAUAUUUUUAUUCGACAAAAGAUCGGUCGAAAAGCCUAAUAAACUUAAGCGUAAAAAAGUAAGCGUGACGGACAUUUUAAGAUAUGGACUACAACAACUGGAAAGUUUCCCUCAUCCAAAAAUCCUUCAGGUAUACAAAGUAAACGAAUACAUGAGUACUUUGGCUUUCGCUUCGGAGCCAGUGUUGGCAAGUCUUGCCAAUGUUUUGGCCUAUCAAGAGCAGCAGCAACACAUAAAUGCUCAAACGAGACAAGUUUCUUCGAGCAGCAGUCGUGCCGCCUACGCGAAAGAUUACAAUUUGUUAGAUAUCGAGAUCAAGUAUGGUCUAUUGCAGAUUACCGAGGCCCUGCUAUUUCUGCACGGAGUUUCAAAAAUUCUCCAUAGAAAUGUUUGCCCUGCAAGUAUCAUGAUCACCAAGACCGGUACAUGGAAGUUGGCCGGCUUUGAAUUUUUUGAAAAAUUCGGCGAUGGUUUUCUAUCAUUGCAACCAUGGAGCAGUAACGUGCCAAAAAUGGCACAGCCGAAUCUCGACUAUAUAGCUCCCGAGAUUCAGCAAAAGAAGGUGGGAAGCGUUUACAGCGACAUGUACAGUUUCGGCAUGACUAUAUGCGCGAUUUUCAACCAGGGACGGCCGCUUGUCCAAGCAAAUAACAGUUGUUCAGAGUAUCUGAAGCAGAUUGAGCAGCUCAAGGAAAAAGUCGCCGCGAUCUUGCCCGUGAUUCCGCUUCCUCUACAGGACGCCGUUACGCAUCUAUUGGACGUCGAUCCAGAUAAUCGGCCUAUAGCGCAGGUUUUAUCGAUGAUUAAAUAUUUUCAAGACCCUCCGGUCCACGCACUACAAUUUCUCGACAUAAGUAAGAUGAAAGACGUGGUUCAAAAAGAGCAUUUCUACACAACUACCCUAAUGGAAAUCUUGCCCUAUACCCCAAAGAAAUUGUGGUAUCAACAUAUUUGGACGUAUUUACAAAACGAAUUGGAAGGACAAGAAGUCCAAUCCGCGGUACUACAACCUGUGCUGUACAUCGUCCAGAACAGUACUCAAGAGGAGUACGAUCGGAUCUUAUUUCCAACGUUGCGGUUACUUUUGGCGAAUCGCAAAACGAUUCAAGGAACGGUAACGCUGUUGGAAAAAUUGCAUCUGAUAUUGAAUAAAACUCCUCGAGAAUACGUGCAGAAGGAAGUAUUACCAAUGUUGUAUACGUCUUUUGAGAAUUCAACAAUUCAGGUGCAGACAGCGGCGUUCGUAGCUGUGUCGAACGUGACUCAGUACAUAGAGGACGACGCCAUUCGAAAUAUAAUACUGCCGAAAUUAGUUGUAGCCUUUCAGAAAAGUACCAUAGAUUGUCUGACACUUUUGAACGUGAUUCCUUGCAUUUUAAGUCGCUUGGAAAAGCAAAAAGUCAUAGAUUGCAUUUUACCGAUAUUGUUUAACGUGAAGUUACAAGAUCCUGAGGUGAUUGUACAGGUUGUAAAAAUUUACAGAUUAAUGUUAACCGAUAAAAAGUAUGGGCUAUCGGUGAGUUGGAUGGCAACUCGGGCAAUGCCGAGUUUGUUACCUCAAACAAUCAACCUUGCGUUAAAUCUCGAGCAAUUCGAGUUGCUGUUGAAAGUGUUGCAGGAUAUGCUUUGUCUUAUAGAGAGACAUCAAAGAACUCACUUGACUUUAGAUAAUUUGGAAAGACAUCAUCAUCGCAACUUGCGACAUCAAUAUAGUACGGAUAACGUACACGUGCCGCCUUUUAAUAUACCGAAUCUACGCAUAGAACAGCGUAAAACCUCUUCCGCCGAAGAUAUGGCCAGGAAGAGUAGUAUCGAUUCCAUAUCGAUGACAGCUUCGGCCGAGAAUAUGGCGAGAAAGAAUUCGAUAAGUGGCAUGUUUUGGUGGUCCGCGUCAAACAACGACAGUAACUUUCUCCGAGUAGCGAAUGUUUUUCCAAACAGACGUCUAUCGGACAAUACUCUGAUGGCACCGAAAAUACGAGUAGCACCGUCGUGUGCAAGUUCGCCUGGUGGCACACCGGCUGGAACCUUGGCGUUCCGGCGUCACUCGAGUACCGGUUCUCAAGAUCGUCGGGGAUCGAGUAUAAAUUUAUCUCCUCCCACGGGUGGUGGCAUGCCGAUCACCAGCACCAGCGUUCCCCAUUUGCUCAAUUCAAGUAUGAACAGUAUACGAAGCUCGAGACGUCCAUCCGUCUCCUCGACGUCCUCCCAGCAGGGCGCCGGGCUGCUUCAACAGGUCGGAACAUUCGGAACGAGCAUGGUAAGACAACAACCCCCAAUCUGCCUCAACCUCAAUGGACCACCAUUACAACCACCAACACUUUGUCCAUUACUCCAGCUACCGGGACAGCCUUCCCACUGACCCUUCGUUAAAGUUACCAGUUUCUUAGACGUUAACGUGACCAGUUCGACGCCACUAAAACUUGAUCCGAAAUGACGGCGUAUUUGUGAUAAUACUCGAAGAAAGCGACAAACGAAGAAACGAACAAAGAAGGAAAAUACAAACUAGGACAAUCCGUGUUUCCCGAGAGAGCACACGUAGCCUAAACAUUCAUCGAUGAGAAUGUUUCUCAACGAACAACACUUUUAUAUUCUUCGUUGGAGAUCGAAGGUUUCUAGACAUUAUAAAAUGGCCUAAUCUCGAUCGUAGCUCGUAUCAUUUCUACGUAUCGACCACCGCUCUUCUAUUCUAUCGUACCAAGUAUAUACGAGAGAGUAGAGGCGUAUCGUCCGCGUAUUUCUAUACGCAUCGAAAGUAUCGUUACAUUACGUCCUUCCUAUGCACACUUUCAAGUAAUCGUAGCCUAAUCAAAGAUGAGGUUGGAUCGGCGAGAACCUUUUCUUCUUUUUUCUGUUUCUGCGAUAGUUUAUUCGCAAUCUCAGAACUUUAUGUCAAUUGUUGUGUACUACAAAUGUUGCGUAAAAAAAAAAAAAAAAAAAAAAAUAAUAAUAAUUUCCUGUGAACGUAAUCGCAUAGCAGCAGCUAUAUAGCUCGAAUGUAACUGUUACAGUGGGUUAAGUUGACGAGGUACGAGAAUGACACGCGUUACAUAAAUGUAAACAAAACAUCUGUUUUCCAAUGUACUACACACCCACCGUACACCGAGUAAACAUGGAAGAAGCAAGUUAAGGUUGAACAAUGAGGGUUGAAUACGAUUACGAGUUGGAUAGAAUUAUAAAUGGGACGUAAAUGUUUGUAACUCGUGAUGAAAGUCUAUCGAUGUCUGUAUAGUAUACUUACAUAGCGCGUAUCUUGUGUCAACCAUACAUAUCAAACGUACGCAUUCCUAAGUACGCGUAAUGGUGUACGCGAAGGGUAUAUACACCUGGCAACAUUUGCGUUCCUCGAGCGACUUGUAAAUUUUCCCCAAUACGAUAGAGAUGUAUGUAUGCAUGUAUGUAUGUAUGUAGAAUCGGUAUUUAAUAUGUUUAUGUGUGAAAUUCGUCGGUGGUGCGUUGACGUGCAUCAGCGUAAAAAGAAAAAGGGUUAGAAACGGGCUUAUCGUUGGUUAGAUGCAGAGAAAGAGAAAUAAGCGGAUAAGAGAACUCGAGCGGUUGUUUAAUUCUCGAGAAGCUGUUGCAACGAAUAUCAAUUUGUAAAUUUCAAUGCGAUCUUGCGACGUUACCACGAGUAUUAUAUUUUCAUAAUAUACUAUAUAUUUAAUUUUCUUUACAUAGGCUGGUGGGGCAAUAUUUCAUAUCGCGUACAUACGGUUCGAAGAAAGGGUCGGGGAGGGGUGUUAACGUUUUUUUAAAAUGUAGUAAAUACGAUCGAUGGAACCGUUGCUCCGCAGGCAUGCAACCUUACCAAGUCAAGUGUCCUUAAGGUUCGUUCUUGGAAUUAUCAUCCAUUAUUUCGAAUCACGAGCGUAAACAAUCCUGGACAAUCGUGGACAAUCAUUGAACUUUAGCGAGUGCUCGUUGACGGGUUUCGAUUCGAGCCAGAAGUCUAUGAAAAUUCGAUGGUUCGUCUUUUUCCUACAUCACCGGUGUUAUUUCGAUCAAUUUUUGUCUAACGAUAAAAAGAAAAUAAACGAAAAGUGUCUGGUGUCGAUCGCCAUCACCGUAUCACCGACUCGAUGGAUCGUUGACACGUCGCGAGCCAUUCGUUAAUUUUCCUUUGCGGUCUGUUCGCGCAUAUCAUGCAACUAUGUACGUACCGCGCGCGAACAGGAGACGACAAUCAUUCUUUCGAAGCAUCGAUAUCGAUAUCGAGCUUCGAGGGAACAACGCUUCUCUAAUACGUACCUGCUAGAUGGUAAUUUCUACACUCGUAUCUAUGUAACUGUAGUUGUAUCGUUUGUAAUACCCAACAAUGGGUUCGGCCAUUAUCAUCGGCUCUUGCGACAAACAAAUUUUUAAACGGCACCUCUGUCACUAUUAUUCUCUGUUGUAUGUGUAAUAUCUCAUAUCCUAAGUGGAAUAAUUUUAACGAAACUAUCAGAGCAUGUUUAAAGCCUUAUGGGAAAGAAAAUCACGACCAUCUUGGGUGCCCUGACUAGGUACGUGCAAAACUAGCGUACCCGUUAAAGUGUCAUCGUCGUUGUCACUAUCUCUCGUUGUUAUGUUCCGUAUUUGCAUGUGGAUCGAUGAAUCGUCGAUAAAUAAUGUGCCGGAUAGAUUUAUGUCACUCAUACGUGUCGAAAGAAUAAAUGGAAUUUCUUGUCACGAUA